AUUUCAACACAAAACAGCUGUCGUCUGCUUCUUCUUCAGCUAGAAAGUGUUCAUCUCCAAUUGGUACGUGUAAAGGAAUUUGUUGCAUUGUAAGAUAAAAUAAAAAGUAAAUUUAUGUAUUUUUAACGUUGAAAAUACAAAAAUCCCCAUUGUUAAAGUUUAAUAAACACUUACAAAUAUUGUAUGUAAACAAUUUGCGGGAAAUAAAUUGUUUAUUUUGAGGUGAUUUAAAACACGGGCGUGUGUGUGUAGGUCAAUUUUUUAACAAUUGUGAAAGUUUUGCAUUUGAGUAAUUUUUUGGGAAAGUGCAAAAAAAAAAUUUUGUAAGUACUGCUGGCAAUUGUUAAAUAAAAUAAGCAGUAUUGUUGAAAAGUUAAAGAAAAUUACAAUGUCCAACAAUUCCACCAAACAGCAAGAACUUAAACAUAUUGGUUCUAUAGUUCGUGCCCUGGUAACUUCACGUAAACCGCCAUGUUAUUUACGCGAUAUUUUAAGAGAAUAUCCCGAAGUGGAAAGUAAACCUCUACCAUUCAAAUCUAUGGGCUAUAAAACAGCUCAAGAGCUACUAGAAGAUACUGGAGAAUUUAUUUUCAAUAGCUAUGGCAAUGGAGAUGUUAUUAUAACCGCCAAGUAUAGUAAAAAUUCAGCCCAUAUAACGUCUAUGGUAAGAGGUCAGAAGUCUAGUAAAAGUACUCGUAUUGCUCCGGUUAAAGCAAUGAAACAACCAUCUCGUAUGCCCUCACGUUCGAAUGGUUUUGGUGAUCGCAAUAAUAAUAAUUAUACAAAUAAUCGUACUACUGGUUCUUCUUCGUCUACACAACAACAAAGAAAUUAUAAUAAUCAACCACAAAAUCAAACACAAUCUUUGCAAAGACAAAAAUCUAUGGGCAGUACUAGCAGUGGCAAUAAUCCACCAGCUAAAGAUUUACGUGAAAUGUUGAAUUCCAAGAAAAAUCUUAAAACUAAUUUGCAACAAACAAAACCUACAACAGCACAACAAUCACCUUUAGCUAGUAAAGUUAUACAACCGCAACAAGGCAAAGUUCAGCAACAACAACAGCAACAGCAGCAACAACAAAAACAGUCGGCUGGUGGCCCUAGACCUAUACUUGGUGCUGCCAAACAACAACAGCAACAACCGCCACAAACCAGAGAGUCUCAAAAAACGGAAGUGAAAUCUCAACCACAACAAAAGCCUAAUGGUCCAUCGACAGCUAAUAAUAAAAAAGUGGAAAACACUUCUUCAGGCUCCACUUUAAAACCACAACAAAGAUUAAAUGCCAUACAAAAUAAUCAGCAACAGCAAACGAAAACAAAUCCAGCUGCUACUGCUGCUGUUGUUCAACAACCACAAACACUUGCUGUUAAAACUGCUAAUGCCGCCGCAUCAGCUUCAACACAAAAACCUUUAACAUAUAACAACGUACAAGGCAACUCUUCCUUUAAAGCCAUGGAUCAAACGAAACCAAAUGCGGCUGCUGGUAUACAGAAUCGUUUGAAGGUUCAUGUUAAACCGGAAUAUCCAACACAGCCCAUUACCUACAAUCAUCAGUUCAGCAAUGCACCCAAAAUCGAUUACAAUGCCUUUCCACAUCAUCAGUUUAGCAAUCAACCGCCUAAAAUGGAUGCUAUUGCUUCCAUUAUACAAUAUUGUCGUUCUAAAAAUUAUCCAGCUCCUCGAUUCAAUGUUCUCAAAGACAAAUUUUCACGUGGCACUUACUCAUGUAGUGUACAUAUUAAUGACAUCAUAUUCUCCACAUAUCCCCAUGAAUAUGAGACUGAGUAUUUAGCUAAAGAAGCGUGCGCUAAGCGAGCUUUGGAAAAGACAAAAAUGCUGGAAAAGAAACGACCCCUGCCUACGUGUGCUUUAACAGAUACUGAACUAUUGGAUAAACUCUAUACCGAGUUGCUAAAUCAUCCACAUGGUAUUUUUGCCAAAAAUUUACCCGAAACAUUUGAGACAACGUUCCAGCAACAAUUGCCCGAUAAUUGGUGGGCCUUGGUGCAGACUUCUAGUUUAUUUACCACAGAAACUAAUUUGGGUAAAGUGAUUAUAUUCGCCAACAAGGAUGCUGAUAAGGAUACGUUGGCUUUGUGUACUGGUGAGGCCACUAAGACUAUACAAAUCGAUCCCAUACGUUUACCCUGGUCUGAUGAAUAUUGGAAUGUUUUCAUUACGCACUGUACCUCUACCGUAGAGGUUUGGGGACGCUUAUUUGGCCAGGAAUAUAAUGUACGUUUUAGUGCUUUGGUUAAUGAUAUAGAAGCCUAUAUGGCCACCAAAAAGGAACGUCCUGUAUCCAUAGCACGCAAAAAUAUCUAUCUUGUACACAUUAACGAAUGCUGGCAUCGUGUAAGAGUAGAAGAAUUAGAUAAAUCUAAGGGUAGUGCUUUGUGUUUCUUCAUCGAUUUCGGGGAUGCUGACUGGUUGGCGGUCGAUCAAUUGCACAUCUGUGAAACACAUUUCCUAAAACUGCCGGCACAAGCAGUGCCGUUUUCUUUGUAUGGUUUGGAAGAUUUCGAGGGCAAUCCGUAUGCACGCAAAUGUUUAGAUGAUCUAUUACCCACCAAAUCUUUGGUAGGUCGCAUUUUUACCAAGGAAUCAGAAUUCUAUGAUACCAACUCCAAGAGUCAUGGUAAAAUACAAUUGGUGCUAUUUGAUACUUCCACCCAAGAGGAUCUCAAUCUUAAUCAUCAGCUAUUGAAUACCAUCUGUAGUGAGACAAUGGUACCGGAAAUUAAACAAAGUACCGUAACCAAUGUCAUUGUAACACACAUUAACGAUCAGGGUGAUAUUUAUCUGCAAGUUAAUAACGCAGAAUUGAAAUAUGUGCAAAAACUUUUGCAACAAAUUGUUGAAUCUAAAUUCAAUAGUGAUCAACAUAAAAUCUCUUUUGAGGAUCUAAAACGUUCCAAUUUAUUUUUAAUUUGUGAUGAUGAAGAUGCCACCAAUAUUAAAUGGUAUCGUGCUGCCUUAACGGACUCAAAUAUACAACCGGGUAGUGAGAGUUAUGAAAUGUAUUAUGUGGACAAUGGUCGCACUAAAUUAACAAAUAUUUCGAAAAUAUUUUUAUUGGAUAGUUUAAGUAUGGCUUUGAGUAAAUUCCCUGCUCAAGCCAUCAAGGUGAGACUGCAUAAUAUACCCGAUAUCACAAACAAUAUUGUGGGACGUAUACGUGGUCUAUUACCCAGUGAUUGUGAAGCUUUAGUAAGACUGUCUGUACCCGGUUCUACUCCUCCGCUGGUAACAAUUUAUACACGUUUGGAGGGUCCCGGUACUUUAUGUACUAUUAACGAUGUGAUACGUAUAGAACAUGAGCUAGAAGGAUGUUCUGAUUUACUACAAGGUUGUGCUCUAGACGAAACUAAUACUACUACCAAAUCUAAUCAGGAUAUUGGCAAGAAACUCUCACACAGCACUAGUGGCUCCUCACUAGCCUCGCCCACUACACCCACGACCAAUCCCUUCAUUGAUGUAACACGUGGUCUUACUUUAACUAAAGUACCCGGAUCACCACAAAAAUCUUCUGAUCUCCCUAAAUUGCAAAAUUAUGCAGCCAUACCAAAAAUUAAUGAAUACUUUGAAGUACGCAUAACAAUGUCGGCCAAUCCUUCGAACUUUACGAUACAACCCUAUAAAGAUUAUCCCAAUUUGAGGGGAUUAAUGAAAGAAUUACAAGAAUUUUGUGAGAAUAGUGAUGAAUUUAUACCAACUGAUAUGGUGGAAAUAGGCGAGGCUUAUGCUGCCAAAAAUCCCGAUGGAUUCUUUCAUAGAGUUACUGUUGUUAAAAAAUAUGGUGAUAUGAUGCAUGUAUCAUUCUGCGAUUUUGGCGAUAUAGCAACAUUAGAUAGCAGUCAAUUAAAGACGUUGCCUUUUAAAUUCCGUCAAUUACCCAAAAUGGCUAUACAAGCCAAGCUUUAUGGCAUUAAAGCUGUUAAUGGUGAUUGGACCUUAGAUGAUUGUUUAUUUUUCCGUAAACUAACGGUGGGUAAAACUUUUGUAUCGGUCAUUAAAGAUAUAAAAUACGAUAAGGACUGUACCCCGGCCACACCCAUACUCGAACUGGAAUUAAUUGAUGUCACCACGGAUGAAGAUAUUUUGAUACAUGAACUUUUACUCAAUGAAAAACGUGCUAUUAACGAAUGAAUAUUUUUUUUUAACCAAAUGAUAAUCUCGUGCUUAUAGGGGGACCUAUAAAAAAUAUUCGUUUAAUUUCUUUUUUCAACUUCUACAGAAUGUGGGUAAUUUAAUAAUUUCAUAAUUAUUUCUCUUUAGUUGUACAUACGUGUUGAUCACGUAAGAUUAUUAUUAUUUUUUUAACUAUUUAUAUUACACAAACGAAUUACUUAUAGAAAAACAUAUAAUUUUUCAUUAUAUUUAACGACAUUUUCACAUUCACAUUCCGAAAUUUGUUUAAUUUAACGAAAAAAAAAAAUUACUUAUUUCCUUAAACUCAUUAAAAAAAGGAAAAACACAAACUCAUUUUUAAACGAACGUUAUUAAAGCAUUUUCCAAGGCUUUAUCAUCAUUAUUUUGUUUUUUUUUUAAAUUCUUAUUUAAAGCUUUUAAAAGUAAAUUUUAAGCUGACAGACAGACUUUUCUUAUCAUUUCACUUUUGUUUUAAGUUAAGUUUCUUUUCACUUUCUUGUUAUAAACUAAACAUCGUUUUAGUUCUAUCUUCAUUUUAUUCAUAGAAACAAAAAGUUAAAAAAGAAAAUAGAAAAAAAAAUUAAUUUACUAACUCAAUUAUUAUUAUUUUCAUACAUAAAUAUGCGUGUGUAUUUAUUUGAAUGCAAAUAAUUUUUUUUCAAAAUGAGAAUUAUAGACAUGAAUAGAAUAUUAAUUACACAAAUCAACUAUAUAUAUAAUAAUAAAAGCAACUUAUAAAUAUGCGAAAAUUAUAAAAAAAAUUCAUGAUAUUAUC